AUGUUGUUUAUAAUUAUCAUAAAUCUCCUCUUUCAACAUUCGCAUCAAUUAUUGCAGAUAGACGACUUUCCUCAAGCUGUCUACAAGAAAUUUUCCAAACGUGAGGAAGCUGAAGAGUAUAUGAAAGCACGUGAGAUAAAGAAAGUCGAGUUAGCUGUUCCUGAACCUAAUUUGGAGAAAUAUUAUGCAGUUGCUCGUGGCUAUUCGGUUGGGGUCUUCACUAAUUACGAGGAUGUCAAGAAAUACGUAUGUCGCAGAUUUAGAGUAUAUGACAAGUAUGUUAGCAGCCUGAUUUCCUUUAUCAGUUAUUUUUAA